AUGAAGGGCUCAUUGUUCGUCGGCGCUUUGUGCGUUUUGGGUGCUGCUGCCAGCCCGCUCAACAAGCGUGUUUUGGUCACCGAUAUCGAAGUCACCGUGGUCACCGUCACCGUUACUGAGACUCCUGGCGCUGCUACAACCUCUGUGCCUGCAUCAACCAUCUCUGUCGCAGCCACCACUAACCCCGUUGCCGCCGCUGCCAACGUGAACACCGAUUUUCCUCUCCCACCAUGGACUUCGACUGAGACUGAAACAGCCAUAGUCGUACCCUCGUCUACGCCAUCUACACCUACCUUUGUUGCCCCUGAACCUACAAUUGUUGCUCCCGAACCUUCUAUCACUGCUGACCCAACCACCGCUGUUGUCGAGACUACUUCUACAUCUACCAGCGUUACUCCAGCUGGCACUGACGCUGCCUACCAAGCCAAGAUCCUCGACUCUCACAACAUCCACCGUUCCAACCACUCUGCUCCAGCUCUUGCCUGGAACGAAACCCUGGCCCAGUCUGCUCUUGCUUUGGCCAGUACCUGCGACUACCACCACGAUACCUCCCUUGGCCCCGCCGCCGGCUAUGGCCAAAACAUUGCCUUUGGCGUCGGCUGCGACAACGUCGACCAAAUCAUUACCAACAUGAUGUACAACGAGGAAAUGAUGUACUAUCAGGGAUUGUACGGAGAAGCCAACCCCGACAUGACCAACUUUGAGAACUGGGGUCACUUCAGUCAGAUUGUCUGGUUGGACACCACCACCGUCGGCUGUGCUACUGUAACUUGCUCGCCUUUGGCCGAGUCUGGCUCGAGCAUGUCCUUGCCAUUUACCGUUUGCAACUACUACCCAGCUGGUAACUACGGCGGUGAAUACAGCGACAACGUCUUAGCACCAUUGGGCAACCCCAUGGUCGUCGCCCCUUAA